AUGUUCCGCACUCUGCCUCAAGCCUUUCAUAGCACAUAUACGCCAGCCUCGCUGAGCAAGCACUCAAAGUAUGAAUUCUCAGAUGGGAUGCAAAACGAACACUGCAGACUCCCUUACGUCGCGGAUAACAUCUACGAUCAAGCCUGUUUGUUGUCAGCCGACUAUCGCUGGUCUCCACCACAUCUUUUGCGCUUCUCAAUUGUUGGGAUUACUUCCAUUUCGAGUGGAAGUGUUGGGUGA